UCUGCGUCAAGCGUUUUAUGAUCUUGAUGUACACGUCUACGUUUCGCUGCACAAAAAUGCAAAAUAGACGUCAUUCCACGUUGAUUUUUACGUAUUUUGUUGGCCUGAUAGCAGUAUCUGUCAUUGGGACAGUUUAUGGUGAUGAUCAUGGACAUUCUCACGACGAGCCGGCGUCAUUUAAGUAUUCCAAGCAGGCGAAUGAGGAACCACCGCCGGCUGCAGAAAAUCACGGACACGCUCACAGCCACGGCCAUGGACACAGUCACGAAGGCCAUGGACACGGUCACGAAGGCCAUGGUCACAGUCACGAAGGCCACGGACAUAGUCACGGGGAUCAGCCUAAAGAAAAGCCUAAACAGGUGAAAAACACUGGGGUCAAACUUUGGAUAGAGGCGAUUACUGCGACAGCCAUUAUCAGCGUUUCACCUAUAUUUAUUCUUCUUUUCAUUCCACUGGACAACACUGAUAAGCAUCAGCCGCUGUUGAAAGUAUUGCUCAGUUUUGCAUCAGGUGGUCUGCUAGGUGACGCUUUCCUUCACCUCAUUCCUCAUGCCGUAUCGCCACAUUCACAUGGUGGUGACGACCAUGGCCAUACACAUUCCCACUCUCAUGAUCACGGUGAAGAGGGACACUCACAUGACAUGAGCAUCGGUCUUUGGGUUUUAGCAGGAAUAAUUGCUUUUCUUAUGGUGGAGAAAUUUGUACGGAUCGUAAAAGGUGGGCACUCUCACUCUCAUGCUCCCGCACCUGUGAAGUCUGAAAAGAAGGUAGAGAAGAAAGAUGACAAAUCAGAGAAAAAGAAUGAAAAGUCAGAAACCAAAACUGAUAAGAAGACUGAUGAACCAGUAGUAGAAGUUGUCGAGGACAUCAAGGUAGCUGGCUACCUCAAUCUGGCUGCAGACUUCGCUCACAACUUCACCGAUGGCCUGGCCAUUGGAGCAUCUUUCAUGAUGGGACAAAGUAUUGGAAUCAUUACAACUAUCACCAUCUUUCUGCAUGAGAUUCCACAUGAAAUCGGGGACUUUGCAAUAUUGGUGCAGUCUGGAUGUACAAAAAAGAAGGCCAUGAUGCUCCAGUUUAGCACAGCGAUUGGCGCCAUGUUGGGAACCAUCUGCAGCCUGUUUGCCGAGGGAGUGGGGGAGGCAGCCACAACCUGGAUUCUUCCCUUCACCGCAGGCGGGUUCAUAUACAUCGCCACGGUGUCCGUCAUUCCAGAACUACUGGAGGAUACUAAAUUAGGACAGUCUAUAAAAGAAAUAUUGGCAAUGCUUGUAGGCGUGUACAUGAUGGUCUUGAUAGGACAAUACGAGUAAUUUAGGUAUUGGGAAUGACUGAAUAUUAAGAUAAUUAUGUUUCUCAUUAAUUUAGACUUUUAAAGGUACAUUAUGUCAAAUUCCUUAUGCCAUGUUGUUUAUAUAGUAAUCUGCAGUGUUACACAUUUUACACAGUCUGAGAGAGAUUAAAUAUACAAAUAAAAUCAAUAAAUUUAUAUGCUAAAGGCUCGUUCAUUGGCUUGUUUUCUGCAUUACAGUGGUCGAAAUUAGCACAAGCCUGCAAGCCCUGCACUGGUAAAAUGUCUUCCGGGCUUGCUCAAAUUCUGAAAUUUUAUAUAGCAGAGCUUGUUCAAAAAUAUGAUUCCAUGCAAAAGUAUAAGAAUUCGGGCUUGUUCAUCGGAAAGUCUAAUUUUGAUGACUGGCAUUAGUGUGAUGGGAUGAGUGUUUUUUAUUGAUGUAUAAUUUCAAGUGCUAGCCUUAACAAUCUGACGGAAUGUACCUUUAGAAUUCUUAAUGGUUUGGGUUUCACUAUCACAAUUCAUAUCCAUACUCUGUUUCAUUGCUUUUCAUUAUGUGAAGGACUUCCUUGGUCCUUAUCAUGUGUAUUAUAAAUUUUAUGAAUCCUUUGUUAUUCUUUGAUGCAUUUAAAUAUAAUAUAUAUAUAUAUAUAUUGGCUGAAAUGAUUACACUUUUAUGACAAUGUGUAUUUGAAUUUGCAAUUUAAAAUUUAAUUUAAUUUCUAACACUUGUCAAGAAUUCAACUGAAUUUCCUGAUCUUAUGAUAUAUAUUCUUUUGGACUCGUGUUGAUAAAAUGGCUCCAUAUUAUUUAUUAAUCUGACAUACUACUUGUUUAGUAAUGUUUUUGUUUAAAUGUCAAUUAGCUUUGUAUUUUAUGAAAGACUUAUAAUUUUGAUCAUCAAGUGUCAUCUAGUCGAUGUCUAUUUUUCAUCCGUCUGAAUUGCCUUACAUCUGUGAAAGCAUUAAGGACUACAUCAUCGUCGUAUACCCCCAAUACACUGCUACUACGCUAUACUUCAUUGUUAAACAUGCGCGAAUUGGCAAGCAAAAUCUUGUAUUCAUCAAUAAUUAACGAGUCAGUUUCAUUGGUUCCACAAGGUACCAGAUGCUUUCCCAUAGAAAAAUAUUCUGGUAAAAGCUGGAAUUGAACCGGGGCAACCUUUUCAGUACAAUAAUAUGUCAGUCAAUUGUCCCACGGUAUUCAUGAAGUAUAACGGUAUUCAGUUCUGAGUUCUGUGGUUGCCCACAAUUUUAACAGCAGGACUGGCACCUACAAUUGUUUUAAAGAUUUAAAAAGUACUUUUCUUAACCUUUCCUUACAAGGUUACAAAAUACACAAGAGUAUAUGGAGUAUAUUUGUACGGAUAUCAUGUACCAAACAUGGCAGAUAUAUUGCCACCAUUUUUGUUUCUGGCCAUUCUCUUUUUAUAUCAUAUAUCGUUUUUGAAAUUUAUUACACAGGAAAGACCCGUAAAUGUACUGUUUUUAAAAAGAGCUUUAGUUAACGCUGACCCUGAUCGAAUGGCAUAGCUUUAUUCAGGCUCAACUUCCUCUAAAAAAAGGAUUGCCAACCUAACGACCCUAUUAUUUUUGGCAGUGAAAUCAAACACAAAUAUAGUUUUUAUUGGCCGAAAAUAUAUAUUUUUUAAUUGGUUAUAUAUGUUUAUAGUUAUUGAUCUGUUUAUGGAGACAUAUCAGGUAUUAAUUUGUAGUUAAAAUUGAGUGUUUGUUUGUUUUAUAAAAGCUUGUUCCAAUUAUAACUCUAGAAAUUUGCCUUAUUUUCUGUAAAUAUGAGAGCUUUCAAAGUAUGUUCACGAAUCUAUGUACCUGUAUCGAACUUCAGGAUGUUCAGAAUUACAUGUACACAUAAAUCAUAAUCUAAUACAAAAAUACACAUACUUGUUUUGUUUCAUGAUAGAGAAUAUUUGAGUUUGUUAUCAUGUAAAUUUACUUAUAUAAGAGUAAGGAGUAGUCGAGUACUCAUUAUUACAAAAUUAUUACGGCAGUACAAAUGGAGAGGUUGUAAGCAACUGUUUCAUUUUAAUGCAUAUCAUUUUUGAUCACAUACAUUUGAACAUUAUUCCAUUUAUCAUCAAAUGAUGCGUACUACUGUGAUAUCAUUUAUAUUCGUGGGCAUGAAAGUUCAUUGUUUUUUUUUUUGUAAAAAAAGACAAUUUCAUUGGUACUUUAAUACAUGGAAUUUCAUUUUUUGAUUGAUUUUUGUUGGGAUCUUGAAAAGAAAAAAAAAAAGUCUCACAACUAUAAUUGAUUUCACAGUAUAUAGUGUACAAAAUAUUUAAUAUAUAAUAUUGUAUGAAUGAAAGAAGUGUGAUCACGCUACUAGCGGACUGGGAUGAGGAGGCUUUUUUCUCAUGUUCAUAUAUUUAAAUGGGGUUUGGUUAAUUGAAUGUGUCUGCUGUAUUGCUCAUUGUUUGCACUAUGUAAUAAAGCCCUAUGUCCUAGAAACAGUCAUCUCAAUAGUGAGUCUGUGAAUCAAAUUUGCAAGAUAUAAGACCUUUAGGGUCCCCAGUAUGGCUUAUUUAAAUACUUUACUAACCCAAUACCAAGGACACAUUAUUUUAAAGAGUAGCAUUAUUGCCAUAAUUGCCAAGUUUAUCUCAUAUUCUAGAUUUAUGCACUAAAUCCUAAAACGGAUAAAUCACACAUAAUAUAUAUAUAUAUAUAUAUAUAUAUAUAUAUAUAUAUAUAUUAAAAGCCUCAUUUUCAAUAGAUGGAAAGUGCCAAAACUUUGAUAAGUAAUGUUAGAUUAUCAUUUCAUAAGUCAUUGUUUUUUCAUGUCAUAGUUUUACUGAAAGUAAAUUUAGAAUACACGAAGCCCUAUUUUUGUUGGAUUUGGGUGUAUGAAAAAAGUAAGUAAAAUAUCAAUAAAAUGGACACAAGUUUGAAAAUAAUGGCAGAAACAUCAUGUUGUCAUUCCAAAACAAUUCAACCCUUGCUUAUUGAACUCUACACUUCUUUACUAAGCAAUAUAGGAACCUAAUUCUAUUGCAGUGAAAUUAUCAAAAUUGGUAUAUUCACUGUAGUGAAAUUCACAGCAGUGAAAAUAACAUCAUAUUUCACCGAAAAGCCUCACAGAAUUAUAUCAAGUUAAAAAACAACACUGCAAGCUCCAAAUGUUUGUGUUUUUGAGUUGAUUGGAAAUGCUUACAUACCAUUUUAUAAUAACCAUGUUUCCUGUAUCAACAUUUACCUUCUGAAAUUUGUCAGGGCCAUGCGAAAACAUAAUGACCAUUAACAGCUCAUAAAUAAAAUGUAAAAAAAAA